AUGGUCUUCGGCAUUUGUCUCUGUGGCUGCCCAGAAACUGCCAAUGUUAUAACGGACAUAAUUUUACUUGAUUUUGCCACACUUCUUGGCCCACUCAACAAGCCAAUGGGCGAGUUGCUUUUAUUUAAUCUCAACUUUACAGAUAAACUGCUAGAAAACUGUUAUAACGCAGUUGUCGGAAAUCACUUUAAACUGGCCAAUCCUUUUGAUUCUAAACUCGAAUUUAGCAAAAUUGUAACAAUUUAUUACAGCGCAUUUCCGGACAAAAAGCCAACCACGGCCAGCGUUACCAGCCUGUUUGAGUCAAUAAGAAUUAUUUUCAAUCACUGUUUCCCAAAUGUUCCAACAUUUCCAACGCUACAACAGCCGACACACUUAACUCCAGCUAAAACUUCCUUCAAAAUGGCACUGAACCACUUUUCCGACCUGGCAAUGGCGGAAUUUUUAAAGCUGUCAAGCGGCACUACUCCGCCAAUGGAACUUGAUCCGCCAAAGCCCAACUUGUUUUCCCUACCUACUAAAACUGCCCCCACAAUUCAAGCUGAAGCUCGACUCAGCAAACUGGACGCUGAAUGUCAGCUGAGGAGUGACAAAACCUCCAAAAUUGAGGAGCUAAAACUGCCCGCCAAAUUUGACUGGCGCCAGUCGAAUGUGGUCAGCAGCGUAAAGAAUCAGGGCGAUUGCGGCGGCUGCUACGCCUUCAGCACCGUGGCCGUCCUCGAGUCGGCGAAGGCGAUCAAACUUAAAAAUGAAAAGAAGGCAGUUGACAUUUCCAAGGUGGACUUCAGCGAGCAGCGGCUGAUCAACUGCGCCAAGGCGUACGCCAACAUCAGCGGCAGCGGCUGCCGGGGCGGCCAGUCGGUGUUUGCCUUCAACUACCUCAAAGAGGUGGGCGCUACUCCCGAAGCUAAGGAGCCGUACACCGGAAACGGCGAAGACCCGUGCCGAGAUGAUAAGGCUGCUGCUGCUGCUGCUGAUAAGGAGAAAAUCGCCGACUUUUGCGUGCGCAGCAAGUACCGCUACGGCCGUCCGGUGGAGGCCGCCGAAUCGCUCUCUGACGUCCAAAUUCAAGACGCUCUAGUCUCAAAUGGUCCCCUGUACGCUCUCAUUCGAACUGAACGGGAGUUUCAGCUGUACAGUAGUGGAGUGCUGGAGAUUCAGAACUGUUCGACGGUGAUAAACCACGCCGUGACGUUGGUCGGCUACGACGAGCAGAGUUGGAUUGUGCGGAACUCCUGGUCGGAGCGCUGGGGGGAGGGCGGUUACUUUCGGGUAGUUCGAGGGAAGAACAUGUGCGGCAUCAACUCGGAGAUUGCCUGGCCUUUGCUCUGA